CGAAAUAAAUGUUGUGGUUGAAGAGACAUGAGUCAACGUCAAGAAGUGAUAGAGGCUUUUCGUCAAAAAGCUUAUCCCCAUAACUCUUCUUCUCAACAAAGCUUCUACUUUCUUACUGGUUCCACUCUUCAAAUCUAACACAAUGUCCAAACUUCACAUCCUGGUAUUCCCAUACCCAGCGCAGGGUCACAUUCUUGCACUCCUGGAUCUCACUCACCACCUGGCCCUAGCAGGCAUAACAAUCACCAUCAUUAUCACUCCCAAAAACCUUCCCAUUCUCAACCCUCUCUUAUCCUCCCAUCCAAACACCAUCCAAACCCUCGUCCUCCCAUUCCCGCCGCACCCCAAAAUCCCCGCCGCUGCAGAAAACGUUCGUGAGGUCGGCAACACCGGAAACUACCCCUUCAUCAAUGCCCUCUCCAAACUCCAACCCCAAAUAAUCCACUGGUUCACCACCCACCCUAACCCCCCUGCAGCCCUCAUCUCCGAUUUCUUCCUCGGCUGGACUCACCAACUCGCCGCGCAACUCACCAUCCCCAGGAUCGCGUUUUACUCCGUCGCUGCCUUCUUCAACAACGUCUUCACGCGCUGCUGGCACAAUUCAAACUUACUGACUGAUAAUAACGAUAUUCACUUUCACGGAAUUCCCGGAACGCCGUCGUUUAAGCGGGACCACCUUCCUUCAGUGUUCCUCCGCUACAGGGAAUCAGACCCGGACUCGGAGUUCGUAAAGGAGAGUUUUCUUUCCAACGAUGCUGCCUGGGCCUGCGUCUUCAACACGUUCCGCACGCUGGAGGCUCCUUAUUUGGAUCACAUCAGGGCCGAGCUCGGCCAUUCGAGGGUCUACGCGGUUGGGCCGUUGGGCACUAACCGGUCCGAAAACUCAACCACGGGAUCCGAGGUUCUAAGUUGGCUCGACGCGUUCGAGGAAGAGGGUUCGGUGUUGUACGUGUGUUUCGGGAGUCAGAAGUUGUUAAAGAAGAAACAAAUAGAAGCGUUAGCGAUGGGGUUGGAGAAAUCCCAAACGCGAUUCGUUUGGGUUGCGCCGACGCCAAACAAGGAACAAAUGGAGCAGGGGUACGGGUUGGUUCCGGAUGGAUUUGUCGAUCGGGUUUCGGGUCGAGGAAUGGUGGUUACGGGUUGGGCCCCACAGGUGGCGAUACUAAGGCACCCGGUUGUGGGGGGAUUUGUGAGCCACUGCGGGUGGAACUCGGUAACGGAGGCGAUGGUGAGUGGGGUUGUGAUUAUGGGGUGGCCGAUGGAGGCUGAUCAAUUUUUGAACGCGAGGCUGUUGGUGGAGGAAACAGGGGUGGCGGUUCGAGUGUGUGAGGGGGCGGAUUCUGUGCCCGAUCCAAAUGAGUUGAGUCGGGUUGUGAAGAGGGUUAUGAGUGGGGAGAGUCCCGAAAAGCGAAGAGCGAAGUUAAUGAGAGAGGAAAGUGUUAGGGCUGUGAGUGAAGGUGGGGAUUCUUCCAUGCAAGUGGAUCAGCUCAUUGAAGCGCUGCUGCAGCUUGGAGAUAAACAAGGAUGAUGGAAACAAAUUGUUAACUUACUCGAGUGAUUGAAAACAUUUAAACAGCUUUUGUAGUGUAAGAAAUUGAAUAACGAGAUCGGUGCUUUAUUUUGGAGUUCAAUUAUCCAUUCAAUGAUCCAGCAAUUUAAUAUUCUAGCUAUAAUUUCUGAUGA